AUGGAGUCGCCUCCCGACGACGACGCCGCCCCCGCGUCUUCCGAUGCGGCGCUCCUCCCGGUCGGCCACCCGGUCCGCGUCAAGCGCGCGGGCGAGUGGCUCGACGAAUGGGCCGAGAUUCUCGCCGUGAAGUCCCCGCCGAUCGCGGAGUCCCCCGUCGCGCGUUACGACGUCCUCGUCAAGCCCAUGAUAGACGUCACGACCGUGUCCGACGAGCGCGGCCCGGGCGUGAGGGACGGCGACGGGAACUACUUCAGGCUGCACACCGUGUGGUACGUGAUCACGGACAAGCCGUACCCCGACGAGGUCGUCGAGCUGACCCCCGAGACCGACCCGGACGCGGAGACGAAGAUCAGGGCGUAUCAGAAAAAGUACGAGCAGGAUGGGUUCAUGCGCAAGCUGUACGCGGACGAGAAGCGGCGCACGAGCGAGGUGACCGUCAGGGCGCUGAUGAACGCGGACGUGGAGAGAGUCGCGGCCGCGGGUCCGGGCCGCGUGGACGAGGUCUCCGUCCCCGUGGACGUGAACCUGUAUUGGAUGAAGCCCGUGCUCGAGGUGAUGACGAAAUAUCGUCCCACCGUAGCGAAGGGCAUGACCGCGGGCUGGCACAAGCCCGUGACGUUCUUCUUUCACACCGACAAGUCGCGCGAGGCGAUGAAAAAUAACUACGAGAAGGUGCUCAUGCCCUCGUUCAGGGAGGGGCUCGCGCCGCCCGGCGGAAAGCCUCUCCACGGAGGCAAGCUGUACUUGGACGGCAAGCUCCUCGCCGAGGAUCCGGAAAAGUGCGGAUUCCCCGGGUACUGCUACGAGUACCAGCACGUGUGCGUAUGGGCCGUGGACGAGCAGGUCCCUUUCGUGUUCGUCCCCGCGGGGCAGAACUACGACGCGGAGGCGUGGAAGGCGGUGUAUCACGGCAGGCGCGAGCCGCCGGCGAGGGGAUGCAUGGACGCGUGCGUCGCGAUGUAG